AUGGACGCCGUCGAUGUUUCGGAGCACUACGAGGUCAGCACCCGCGAGGACACGCCCUCCCUCCUUACCAUCGUCCUUGACACGAAUCCGCGAGCAUGGGCUGCCAUCGGUAAUGUCCUACCUUUGUCCAGGGCCAUCGCAAAUAUCCUCGUCUUUGUCAACGCCCAUCUCGCCUUCAGCAACGCCAACCAAGUCGCCCUCAUCGCCGCCCACGUCGACCGCGCACAAUGGCUCUACCCGACGCCGCCCAAGCCCACCCGCGAUGCCUCGGGCGAUGUAUCUAUGAAGGACGCCGCCCCGGCUCAGACGUCGUCGGCCAACAAGUUCCCCCAGUUUGCGCAGAUCGAAGCUGCCGUCCUGGACUCUGUGAGGAAACUCAUGGAUCAGACGACCGAGGCUGACCUCGCCACCACCACGACACAACUAUCAGGGGCAUUAACGCUGGCCCUCUGCCACAUCAACAAGGCUGCGCAAGCUCUCUGCUCGCCCACCGCCAACCUUGAGGACAGCCACAAGGCCACCACCACGGCACCUCCCACCGUACGCGGCCGCAUCCUCGUCAUCUCCGUGUCCGACUCGGAGCCUUCGCAAUACAUCCCUACCAUGAACGCCGUUUUCGCCGCCGCCCACGCCCAGGUCGCCAUCGAUACCCUCUCCCUCACCGGCGACCCGACCUUUCUACAGCAGGCCUGCUUCAACACGGGCGGCACAUACCUCGCCGCAACACAUCCCCAGGGUCUGCUCACCUAUCUCAUGUUCGGCCUCAUCGCCGAUACAGAGGCUCGCGAGGCUCUCGUCGCGCCGACUCAUGACACAGUCGACUUUCGCGCGGCGUGCUUCUGCCACGGCCGAGUUGUUGACACUGGCUUUGUCUGUUCCAUCUGCCUCAGCAUCUUUUGCGAGCUGCCAGAGAAUUCCGAGUGCCUUACAUGUGGCACGAAAUUGUCGCUGGGCAACUACGGCGCCAAGCCCGCCGUCGUGCCUCGGAAGAAGAAGAAGAAGCGGAGAAUCGUCAACGGGGGUUCACGGGAAGAGACGGGGAGUGCGACGGGGACACCUCGUCCUUGA